AAAGGCCCUCUGCAGAUGAAAAUGGAGGCUUGUGUGGAGAAGCCAUGGAGCCCUGUCUCUUACUGCACGUGAAACCCUACCAGCUCCACCUCACGAGGCUUCUAUCUCAAAGACUCCACUCCAGAAGGUUUCACAACAACCGUCACAGAAGCGCUGCCCCUGCCUGCACCGAACAAAGAUAAUUACCCAGGAAACAUUUCGGCCAAUCAGACGCGGCCUUGUAUCUCGCCUGUGAGGAAAGCGACCAGUCAGGAUCUGGCUACCAUCGCUGGGCCUGAUCGCCUUGCCUGAAGAACGGAGGCUUCCCCAGCUCAGGGUUGAGAGUGUCCUCCAUGUUUUAUAGGUGUUGACAUAACAGUGUGUCAGGCAGCCAUGCAUCCACAGAGUUUGGCUGAGGACGAGAUAAAGACUGAAUCUGAUGUGGUAGAGGGGAUGGAUGUUUCUCUGCAGUCCAAAGUCCCUGAUCCUCCAGGGUCAGCAGAACGGCCCGCUCCACCACAGAAGCGAAAGGUGUCGAGUCCCACCCAUUCUUCCAAUGGACACUCUCCCACAGAUACCACUCCCAGCCCAAUUAAGAAAAAGAAAAAACCAGGGGCUGUGAACUUUAACAGCAAAGACCAGUCAGAGCUAAGACAUGGUCCCUUUUACUAUAUGAAGCAGCCAGCACUCACAACAGACCCUGUUGAUGUUGUACCGCAGGACGGCAGGAACGACUUCUACUGCUGGCUGUGCCACCGCGAGGGCCAGGUGCUCUGCUGUGAGCUCUGCCCCAGGGUGUACCACGCCAAGUGCCUCAAACUACCAGCCGAGCCCGAGGGCGACUGGUUCUGUCCAGAAUGUGAGAAAAUAACAGUUGCGGAGUGUAUUGAAACGCAGAGCAAGGCCAUGACAAUGCUAACAAUAGACCAACUCUCAUACUUGCUCAAAUUUGCACUCCAAAAGAUCAAACAGCCUGGGACGGAGCCCUUUCAGAAGCCUGUAUCUCUGGAUCAGCAUCCAGAUUAUGCAGAAUACAUCUUCCAUCCUAUGGACCUGAGUACCUUGGAGAAGAAUGUCAAAAAGAAAAUGUAUGGCUGCACUGAGGCUUUUUUGGCUGACAUGAAAUGGAUUUUGCACAACUGCAUCAUCUAUAAUGGAGGAAAUCACAAAUUAACAGCAACAGCAAAAGUCAUCGUCAAGAUUUGUGAGCAUGAGAUGAAUGAGAUCGAGGUGUGUCCAGAGUGUUAUCUGUCUGCCUGCCAAAAACGGGAGAACUGGUUUUGUGAACCAUGUAGUCAACCCCACCCCCUGGUCUGGGCUAAGCUGAAGGGCUUUCCGUUCUGGCCAGCCAAAGCACUUCGAGAAAAGGAUGGUCAGGUGGACGCACGCUUCUUUGGGCAACAUGACAGGGCCUGGGUUCCCAUCAACAACUGCUACCUCAUGUCCAAAGAGAUCCCUUUCUCUGUGAAGAAAACGAAGAGCAUUUUCAACAGCGCCAUGCAGGAGAUGGAGGUGUACGUUGAAAACAUCCGCAAGAAAUUCGGGGUCUUCAACUACGCGCCCUUCCGCACUCCCUACACACCCAACAACCAGCUGCAGAUGCUGUUGGACCCCUCCAACCCCGCUGCUGGGACCGUGAAGACGGAGAAGCCAGAGAAGCUGCGCUUCAACUUCGACAUGACCUCUUCCCCAAAAAUGGUCCUCAGUAAGAGUUCUACACACAGCAGCAUGAGCCGGCGUGUGUCCAUGACGGAGAUGCCCCGCUCACCAAUGAGCACCAACUCCUCGGUCCAUACUGGUUCGGAUGGGGAGCAGGAUGGGGAGAAGGCCAGCAGGAACCCAGCCUUCCACUACAGCACAGGGGAGGAGUCCAUGGACUGCACUACAUCUCCUGCCUCAGGAAAGAUGGGUCCUGCUGGCAGCGUGGCAGAAAGUCCAAAGUCUCUUAACCCUCUCCCCAAGCAGGAGAGGACCUCAGGAACGGGCGGCAUCCUCAAUCUCAAUUUGGAUCGAGUAAAAGCUGAAAUGGAUCUGAAGGAGCUGAGUGAGACUGUGCAGCAGCAGCAACAGCAUACGCUGCCGGCUGCUGUCACCACGCCAAAGAGACCCAUCAGGAGUCUGGAUAAAACUAUAGAGAGCUGCAAGGCACAGCUCGGCAUCGAUGACAUUUCUGAGGAUGUUUAUAAAGAUGUGGAUCACAGCGACUCCGAAGACUCUGAAAAAUCGGACUCAAGCGACAGCGAGUCGGCCAGUGACGAGGAACACAAAGCAAAGAGCUCAGUCCAGGACGACAAAGACAAGGCAAAAAUGUCCAAAGCCAGCGCAGAGGGAGAGCACAAGGAGGGAGUCGCAGGAACAGGGGAUAAAGCCACCUCUGAACCCCUGGUGAAAGAGAAGCAGGGCAGCAGUGGGGCAGAUAAAGAUCAAGACAAGCCCAGGACGCCCCAGUCUCAGCCACCCACUGAAAAGCCUAAACCCUCCGAGGAGGGCCGAACAGCUGCUGCCCCCGCCGCCGCACCCGUGACCGACCAAGACUCUGACUCGGAAAGAGAGCUUGUGAUUGACCUGGGGGAGGAACAUGGAGGCCGUGACCCAAAGAGGGCAAGAAGAGAGCUGGGCUCUUCUGUUGCCAAAUCCCUAAAAGAGUCCAAUGUUGCCAAGCUGGAUGGCAAACUGCCGUCUGCUGCGCCAGGUCCACCUGCACGAGAGCCUUCCUCCCACCUGAAAGAGCCGUCACAACCGCCUGUGGCAGCGGCUGUUGCUGCCAGCGCUGCGUCCACUGCAGCAGCCGGUCAAACCAGUUCUACCGCAGCUCCCAGCGGGUCCUCCACAGCGCCGCCCGCUCCUGCAGCGGUGAAGAAACAGCGCCCACUGCUGCCUAAAGAGACGAGCCAGACCGCGCAGCAAGCAGCUGCUUGGAGUCCUAACAAAAUUCCGACCUCUUCCCAGAAGUUGCAGGUGCAGAAGGUGCAGAAGCAUCAGCAGCAUGCAGAGCAGUCAACUGCGCAGACACAAGCCCAGAGUCAGGUGCAGUCCCAGCAGCAGAGCUCCUCCAGUGGUUCCUCCAGUACUCGCUAUCAGACCAGACAAGCAGUGAAGGUGCAACACAAGGACUCAUCUCAUAGUGUAUCUCCUUCAACAGCUGGCCAGCUCACAUCUGCCACCUCCUCUUUAAUUUCAGCAGACCUGCAGAUCCCCACAGUUUCAGCAGAUGUGGCUGCAGAUAUCGCCAAAUACACCAACAAAAUUAUGGACACCAUUAAGGGGACAAUGACUGAAAUCUACAACGAUCUCUCCAAAAGUACAUCAGGAAACACCAUUGCAGAGAUAAAACGGUUGAGGAUAGAGAUUGAAAAGCUCCAGUGGCUGCAUCAACAGGAGUUAUCAGAGAUGAAGCACAAUCUGGAACUGACAAUGGCAGAGAUGAGACAGAGUCUGGAGCAGGAAAGAGAACGUUUGGUGGCUGAGGUGAAAAAGCAGAUGGAGCUGGAGAAGCAACAAGCAGUAGAUGAGACCAAAAAGAAGCAGUGGUGUGCAAACUGCAGGAAGGAGGCCAUCUUCUACUGCUGCUGGAAUACCAGCUACUGCGAUUACCCCUGCCAGCAAGCCCACUGGCCAGAGCACAUGAAGUCCUGCACGCAGUCAGCCACAGCAUCCCAGCAGGAAACAGAAGUGGAGUCCAGCUCAGACCCUUCACUGAAACCCUCCAGCCACUCCCCUCCCACACAGACACUGCCUUCUGGGUCAGCGUCCUUAUCAGACAAAAGCAACUCGCCUGCAUAUGUGGACAAAAACAGGGACAAUGGCGGCGUUACUGUGACCUAACAGUUUCACUACAAACACUUUUGUGCACCAACUGUGGGGCUUGUGGCCCUCUGUACUUGAAGGCCUGUAUCUCUGUGACAAAUCACUGUUUGAUUUUAUUUUUUUAGUAGUUUGCAUUCCUUUUUUUAACAUCUUCUUGGUGGAGAUCUAUAAAGUUCUUUCAUUCAUCGUAUUCCCUGUUCUGUUUUCAGGUCAGCUCACCAUGUGAAAGUAGUCGGUUUGGAGAAACAAGCUGUACGUCUUACUUUUCACACUGUACUUUUGUUAGCUCCGUUGUCAUUUUCCAGCUCCAAUGAAUGAUUGUAUGGAUGCACAGAAUAGUUUCCACAUGAUCCCUUUUUAUGCUGCUUUAUAGUUUUUUUUAUUUUUCCUGUUUUCUUCAUUCUUUGCUUGUUUAUUGUUCUCCAUAUUGUGAGACAAAACAAUCAAAAACUCCCAUUUAUCACAAUCGUAUCAUUAAGGCAUUUAAACUAACUAAAGUUUCAUUUCUGACACUUUUCAAAUGAGCCACAUUUAUUUGAAAUGUCUUGGUUUAAACAUUUCAUGUUGUGGCAUCUUUGUCCUAAAGCAGCUUUGUAUGUUUUUGUUGUUUCACCAUAAAUGAAAAGACCUGAUUUAUAAAGAAAGACUACAAAAUUUCAAAGUGUAUAAAGCUUUUGUAAGAAGAUACCUGAACAAUAUUUAUAGUGUUAUAUGUUUUUAUAGUAUGUUUAUUGAAAUCCCAUUUCUAUGUGUCCUAAAAGUUAUUUGAAAAGAAUUACUCCAUAUGAAUGUCAUCUCUUGGUGAAGUCUGUGUGAGGUCGGUUAUCUGAAGCUGAUGCCAGUUUAUAAAAAACGAAAGCUGCAUUUUGCCCAGUUCCUUCCAGUGGGUAUGUUUGUGUUCAGUUGUCUUGUUCUUUACGUUCUGUACAUACAAGACUUGUGAAAGAAACAAUAAAAGCUCUCCUGUAAAUGCA